UAGAGGAUCCAGAGUUUAUACCUGGUGGAGGCAACUUUCAGCGGGUCGCACUAUAUAAGAGAAUGACGAGCCGACCGCCCAUGAUAAAAGCUCGUGUGUGUUGUCAAUCCGGUGUACGUGCUCGUUGUUAAUUCUUCCUCUCUACCUUCGUGUUCUCGACAGAAUGUAUCGAGUUUGUCUGCUGUUCGUGGCUGCGACAGCGGUGGCGCAAGGUCCUUAUGAUUUAGAACCAAGAGCUGUAACUCUUUCUGGCAAGCCAACUUUAGGGCCACUUUAUACGUCCGCGUUAGGUGGGGGUCAAGGUUUUCGUGAUAACAGUUACGAAGAUAACGCUGUAACACCUACCCCAUCGUCUGCUCCACUUUAUAGAAAUCCGAACAAUCAACCACCUGUGUAUCGUAAACCAACGUCGUCUCCGCUGGAUGGUUCUCGUGAUUAUCAGUCGAGUAUAAGAGUAGGAGGUGGUCCACCACGUGGACCUCUCCGUGGUGGUGGUGGUGGUGGUGGUGGUCCGAUUGGUCCCAAUGGCCCGAUCAAUGCCGAAGAAAUCGAGGAAGAGAAAGAGGAACCAGAUCGUCUGACGCUUCUUCUUCCUCAAAGCAAAUUCGACUGUGUUGGAAAACAAACUGGAUAUUAUGCCGACGAAGAUUUGCAUUGCGAGGUCUUCCACUAUUGUCAUGAAAAUGCGAAACAUUCGUGGAUCUGCCCAGAAGGAUUCACAUUCCAUCAGGUUCAUUUGAUUUGCAUGCCGCCGAGCGGUGAUAUCAGUUGCAAGAAGAGCUCGCAAUAUCAUUUCGUCAACGAGUAUCUCUACAAACCAUUGAACCAAGCCGAAGCUGAAACGAAACCUAACGUGACCUUGAGAUAUAGCGAGAGGUAUUAUCCAGCGGAUAUAUAUACCGAUGAAAGGGAAGCAGGCGAUUAUCAGAUCACUCCUUCGUCAGCACCUGUUCGACGUCCUCUGCAACAGGUUUUCGUCGGUCAAUCAUCAGCAGCGUUAAACAGCAUUCCUUCGUCGGCACGUCCACAAAUACAAGUUCCACAAUUUCGUCUACCGGUGAAUCAAGUUUUUCAUAGCCCCGAAGAAGUGAAUAUUCCUCUUCAACAUAGACGACCGCAACCACAACAGCAUCAAGCAAUCAGAAGAUUCCCUCAAGUUCGACCUGCGGAAGAAGACUACGAGUAAACUCUGAGAAUUUCUUUUUCUUUCUUUCUUUCUUUCUUUCUUUUAUGUUUCUUUUUUUCUUUUUAUUCAUUUCUUAAAUUCAUCGACAAAUUCAAAAAUACUCGGAAACGUAUGUUAAUUCGUUUCAAGAUCAUAAUAUUCGUCCCAUUGUCGUCAUUUCAUUUCUCAUAAAAUUUUUUAUCACAACGAUUUUAUUACCCCACUGUUCUAUCGUUUAACGGCAUCAAUUUAUCUGUAGUUAAUGGCAUGAAAGUUGAAGUAUAAGGAUAGAAUCAAUAUUUAUUCCAUUAUUUUUCAGAGUAACAUAUGUAUAUCGUAUAUCUCUCUAUAGUUUGUGUAUUUCUUUUUCUUUCUUUCUUUGUUUUUGCAUUUUACAUUCGCGAAUAAAAAUUUCAAAGAUUUUCUUUGAUAUCGCACGUUGGCCUAUGAUCGUGUAAUAUGGAACGUAAAAAAUAUUAUUAUUAUUAUUAUUAUUAUUAUUAUUAUUAUUAUCAUUAUUAUCGUUACCAUUAUUAUUAUUAUUAUUAAAAAAUGAUCUUCCUCGUUUAGAAGAAAAAAAAAAAAAGAAAAAAAAGAUUUUUAUAACAUUUUAACUUUCGAUCAUUGAAGCCGUUUUUUGUUAUUAUAUCAUUACUAUUUUUAUUGUAAAUAAUAAGCGAUAAUAAUUAGAUAAUAAAGCGAGAUCGUCCGUACGAUUGUUUUUAUUUCAUAUGUAUAAUAUGUAAUUAAUUCAAUUACUUCAAAGGGAAGAUCAAUAAAUUAUUAUCGAGUUAUUUUUUCAACGAUGAUAAUUAUCAAUAUUUAUAUAUGAAAUUUUUAGUAUUAUGUAUUCGUUUUCCUUUUCCUUUUUUUCUUGAAUAAAAUAACAGCCGUCCAGCGACGAGAUAUACAACGAAUUUAACCCCGGGAAAUUUAUUUCUUCAUGAAUGAAAUUAAAGUAUAUACUAAAGAGAAAGUUUCCUCUUUCUUUUAUGCGAUGUAACGUGUAUAAAUUGUAACAUAAAAUACAUACGAAAUUACGUAAACAUCAUAUUCUGUAUUAAAUUAUAUGUUUUAUUUAAAUAUUAAUUGUUUUUAAUAAUGGUGUACAUAUACGCCGAAGUGAUAUCACGUUAAUACAAAGUAGGCAAUACCUAUGAAGAAAUCAACAUUAUUUCUUUCACAGUAUAUGAACUUAUUCACAUAUCAUUCUCGGUAAUCUCAUAUUAAUACUAUUUCAAAAUAAGUUUCUAUGAUGAUUUUCGCGAUUAUUACAGAGUAUAUGAUAAAUGGACAAAAAUAUAACAACCUCUGUAAGCACAAGAUCAAUACUGUCUCAUCGUAUAAUUUACAAUUAAAUUUUAUCAAUUAUCUUUAAUACUGUACAAUUUAAUCAUUGCAAGUACAUUUCGUCAUUAGUUUCGUUUACUAUGGAUAAUGAUAAUGAUUGAU